CGUCCCUUUAGAGAGAGUAGUAGAAUAGCAAAUUAGUCGUCUUAUCUGCUUUUUCUCCCCUACCAAAAGUCUCCAACAAUGGCCGAGACCCCCUCAGUCCCUGCACCAACCGGGUCGGAUCCUGAUUACUGGUGCUACCAGUGUGAGACACGGGUUGCUGUCGAAACCCUACCGGAUCUUCCCGAUGUCAUCUGCAACAACUGCAAGAGUGGCUUCGUCGAGUCCAUACCCUCACGUGUUGUUUCUGUCUCUCCCGUCACGGCUUCCGAUCAGAUCGAUGACCCUACUUUCGGCAAUCAGUUUAUCCAGGUUCUACGCCUCAUCGCUGAGGCGGCGCGUGAAAACGACGCACCCCCUCCCCCGCCUUCUGAGCACGCUGAUCCUUCCGAUGACGAUUACCUCCGUGUCGAGCUGGAUGGUUGGGGCAACAACGAGGAGGAUGAUGAUGACGAGGAGGAGGAGGAGGAUAAUGAAAUCGGGGUUAGAAAUGGCGAUGAAGGAGAAAAUCGCGGGAAUCGGAGCCAAUCUGAGGAUGACGACGAUGAUGAUGAUGACGGAGGAAACGCCGAUGAUGUUGAUGAGGAUGAAGAAGCCGAGAAUCGCGAUGAUGAAGAGGAUCUUCGGCAAAGGCGGAGGGAUGUGCUACGUCUACGGCUACGUGACUUCGCCGCCAGAGCCGCUAAUCGGCGCAAUCGGAUUCUCGAUUGGGCAGAGAUUCUGAUGGGACUGGAAGACCACUCUAUUGAGCUCCGAUUACAAGUUCCUGAUGUCGAUGGCUACAUUGGGAACCCUGGAGACUAUGUGGACGCAGCGGGUUAUGAAGCUUUACUGCAAACCCUAGCAGAGAGCGAUGGUAGUGGAAGACGUGGAGCUCCACCAGCUUCCAAGAGUGCAAUUGAGGGUCUUGAUACAUUGAUGAUCAAGGAAGAGCAGGAGGUAAUGGCAUGUGCCAUUUGUAAAGAUGUAGUGAAUGUGGGCGAGAUGGCAAAGAAUUUGCCCUGUGGGCAUGGUUACCAUGAUGAUUGUAUAGUUCAGUGGUUGGGUUCGAGGAAUUCUUGUCCGGUCUGUAGGUUUGAAUUGCCCACAGAUGAUCUUGAAUAUGAAGAGGAGAGAAAGAAGCGAGGAGGCUAUGUUACUAGCAGUGGUUCUUCAAGCUCGGGUGCUGCUACUGAUGAUAGUAGUCCUAGUUGCCUUUGAUUGAUGCUUUGUGGUAAAAUCAUCCAUUGUCAUUCUUUUUAGCUUUGUUUCUUGCUUCUUUUUUUUUUUUUUUUUUUUUUUUGUAUUUGGUGAUUGUUUUCCAGUGUAAUUCUACCCUCUCCGCUUCUCUUGAAUGUAAUAAUCUGUUUAUGUUAA